GAGGUACUGUUAAAUGUUUAUAAUCCAAAUCACUGUUUUACUCUGCUUUCUGUGCAAGAUAAGAAACUGACAGCUUUUUAGUGCUGUGGAACAUGAUGGUAACUGACCUCUUUCUUGAGUUUCAACCUUGGUUCUGCCUCUUUACAGGCUAUGUGGCCUUAGAAAAGUCACUUCAUUUCUCAAAACUUCUUUCCUCUAAAAGACAAGGUUAAUAUCUUACAGGGUGGCUGUGAGAAUCGAAUGAGAAAAUUUCAUGUAAUGUCUGGCACAUAGAAAGCUCACGACAAAUGGUAAUUGCUCUCAACUUUAUACCAUGAAUGAAUUGCAAAAAUAGUUGGAUAAGAAAGGUCAAUUUUAAUUUGAACUGCCUCAGUGUUAUGCUGACAUCAGCUACAUUUCUGAUAAAGUGAUGUUGUCCUGAUACAGGUUGUAAUGGGAGUUAAAACCAGUUUCCUUCUGGCUUUCCAACUGACAUAAUAAGCAAAACCUGACUGGGCAAACAUAGACCUAUUUAUUAGAUCACUUAUUAUUAAUGUUAAACUAGCUCUGGUGCUGACUUAUCCUGUUCUUUUUGAAAUUUCACUGUUGUCAUUUAAAAUCUUCCAGACCUUCAGAAGCUUCACAGAAUGCUAAAGGGUUUAAUCCAUCCUCCAGAACAUGCGAAGUUUAUUUUCCAAAGUGGUCCUCUACAUCCCGCAAUAUGUUCAAAAUCAUGCAUGUAGGACAGAAUUCGCUUCCAUUUUUACAUUUGCUACUGGAGGAUACCUACGUGAAAGGGUUGGAAGCCUUGAUGUUUGAGUAGACAAGAGAAGACUGAAAAGUAUAGGAGUCACUAGUUGUGCUAACAUGGGCCUGAGCACCGAUGACACGGUCACUUCUACAGCUUGAAGAGAGAGCCUCAAGUCUCAGUUUUUAUUUUCUCUCCCUUCCGGUUGGGGCCUUUUAUUCUGGUCUUGGGAAUGGGGUUCACAGUUGAAGGAAGGAGGCCCCAAAGGUACUGAGAUAAUCUCUGGAGUAAAGAAAACAGGAAAAGUAAAGAAACUAUGAGUGGAGAAUCUCAAGUCCACAUUUUUUGGGGUGCUCCGGUUGGUCCAUUGAACAUGACAGUAUCACCAGAACCAACUUCUUUAAUGUCUACCGAGAACCCUUGGAAAAAGAUUCAGCUUUUAUACCACCAACAUUCUUUACAUCUGAGGGAUGAAAACUGCACGCAUGAAACUCUUGAAGACAAUUCAGUUCUAGAAGCUAAUGGCCCUCUAGAUUUUCCGAAUGCUCACUUUUUAACAAACUCUAUGGGUGAACCUAUUCAUGUGAAAGAAGACUCUAUAGAUUGUAUUUCUGAAACACAGACUGUAAAAUCUCAGGAGAGUCCCCCUUUAGGAGUGAGAGAGAGAACCAGCUCCAAUGUGCAAAUAUGUGGGUUUAAGGGCAAAGUUCAGCAUUUAACGGAAGAAGAAAAGUUUCAAAAUCUUCUCAGUGAAAAUAAGAAAAUUACAGAUGAACAGCAUAAAGAUCAGUCAAAUACAUGUGGUCAGAACUUUCAGAAAAACUUCUUUCAGUUAGAUCAUAAGUGUGCAGCUACACUAGAUUUGGUCUGUAGUAUGGAAAAGAUUAAUGUAGGGCUGGGGGCAAUUGAAACAAAGUGUGGGCCAACAGAGCAUCAUGAGGUACAAAACCAGGGUCUGGAGUUCUUUUCCUCUGACACAGAAGAUAAGCCAAGGUCCGAAGCUGUUAGAAAGGUCACAGACCUUAAAAUAUCUACCGAUACUGAAUUUCUUACUAUAAUGACCUCCAGCCAGGUUGCUUUUUUAUCUCAAAGGAAGUCUAAAGGACAGAAUUUUAUCAAUAAAGGGACUGUAAGCGAACCAAAGGCAAGUCAUAGGGAAAUAAGAAUACUUGAAGAUAAUUUGACUCAGCCUAAUGAUGACUUCGCAGGAGGAUGUGAAAGUGGACAAAAUCAAGCACAUUCCCUUGAACUCUUUAGUCCUGUUUGUCCUGAAGCAAAAAGUAGUGACACUCACAUGAAGUCUGAGAAAAGUCUCGAAGAAAAUAGAGGAUCUCAAGCACUUUUCAAUUUUGAAGACAAACUGCCACCCAGUGAUGUAUGUAUCGAGUCAUAUAGCUCAGGAAUGCUGUGUUCCCAACUAAAUACCUUCCACAAAAGUUCUGUUAAAAGAAGUUGGAUCUCUGAAGACAAGUUGGGCCAUUCCAAAGCUCUGUCUAAAGUCCUCCAACCAUCCAAGAAAAUUAAGUUGGUCUCUGAUGCAGGAGAUCCUACUGCAACAAUGGACCAGAGGAAUGUGUCUAAAUUUAAGGGGAUUAAAAAAACAUCAUUAAUACAAAAUUGUGAUUCUAAAAGUCAGAAGUAUAAUUGUUUAGUCAUGGUAUUAUCUCCAUGUCAUGUGAAAGAAAUAAGUAUAAAAUCUGGACCAAAUUCUGGCUCUAAAGUGCCUUUAGGAACAAUUGUGGUAACGGACCAGUCAGGAAUUAGGAAGAAGGUCUUUCUGUGGAGGGCUGCAGCAUUUUGGGCACUUAUAGUGUUUCCUGGAGAUAUAAUUUUGCUCACAGAUGUUACUGUUUAUGAAGAUCAUUGGAUUGGUGAGACAGUACUACAAUCAACAUUUACCAGUCAGUUAUUAAAUCUUGGGAGUUACUCAUCUGUCCAGUCUGAAGAGUACUCCAAUAUAGUUAAUGAUGUUGUACUUCGAGACUUACUGGCAUAUGUGUCUUCAAAACAUUCCUAUCUCAGGGAUCUUCCUCAGAGGCAGCCCCAGAAAAUGAACAGUAUAGAAUUUGUAGAUUUGGAGCAGCUGCAGCCAGACGUAUUGGUCCACGCAGUACUAAGAGUUAUUGAUAUCACUGUACUGACAGAGGCAUUAUACAGUUAUAGAGGACAGAAGCAAAGGAAAGUUAUGUUAACAGUGGAACAGGUCCAAGGUCAACAUUAUGUGCUUGUAUUAUGGGGUCCUGGAGCAGCCUGGUACCCUCAACUUCAAAGGAAAAAAGAUUAUAUUUGGGAAUUUAAAUAUCUUUUUGUUCAGCGCAAUGACAUUCUAGAAGGCCUAGAAUUGCAUACAACAUUUUGGUCAUCCUGUGAGUGCCUGUUUGACGAUGAUAUAAGGGCAAUUACAUUUAAAGCAAAAUUUCAAAAAAGCAUGCCCUCCUUUGUGAAGAUGUCAGAUUUAGCAACACACAUGGAGGAUAAGCGUUCAGGAGUGAUUCUGAUCAAAGCCCAGAUUUUAGAGUUAGUGAUUCCUAUGCCAGCAGCUCAGAAGAUAGCUCUGAAUGCCCGCAGCUCUCUGAGGAGCAUCUUCUCUUCUCUUCCGGACAUUGUGUAUGCCGGCUGUGCAAAAUGCGGACUAGAACUGGAAACAGACAAGAACAAGAUCUAUAAACAGUGUUACAGCUGCUUGCCCUUUACUAUGAAGAAGCUAUACUACAGGCCAGCUGUAAUGACCAUAGCUGAUGGAAUAUAUAAGGUUUGCAUCCACGUAGGAUCCAAGCUGAUCGAGAAGAUUCUUCUCAACAUUUCCCCUGACUGGCUCAACAGAGUUGUAGCGCCUCCCUCAGAGAUCACCUAUGCCAUGGUGGCGGCCGACUUGAUCCACUCGCUGGUGGCCGGUGGCGGCGCCCCUUGUGCAGUGAAGGCACAGAGCCUCUUCGUGUUGGAUGAAAACAGCUGCCCGCUGCAACAAGAGUUCUCCCUACUAGAUUUUUAUCCUGACAGUGGCAAGCCUGUACCCAGUGCCCUCCUCUGAGACUGGAGGGGAAGUUGCAGGUACUUCAAGGAAGAUGGCUGAACUGAUUUGCCUUUUUGAGAGAAAUGAAUGACAGGGCUUUACCUGGGUGUU